CCUCCCACUACAAUUCCAUUUCUUAGUGACACCGGCGGUUCUUAAUAAAUUUACAGUCAUAACGCCAGUUGUGGUGAGAUCUGACAAUCUCUACUGUCAAAGUAGGAUGCUAUCCACUCUGCAAUUGCUCACAUGAAGGACCACGAAAGCUGGGCUACGCACACUCCACUGAUUCUGAGUUGAUCAGGCGGCAGCUGGUCCCCCGGAAUUUCCUAACUCCACCCUCGUCCCUACCUACCAGUACGUUGUUGUAUGUAGACCUCUCCCAUGGAUGUGGACCAAAUCUUCGACUUCAACAGUUCCCUCGGGACGGACAUAGCCGAAGCUACGAUUCCGCUGCAUCCCAGUUGCGAGCAAGCCAUCCUCAGAAUCGAAGAGGCGUCAAUCGCAGGAGACCUGCCUACAGUACAACGCAUAUUCAAUGAACUCCGCGGUAGCUCUGAUCGUGAACAUUGGCUCACGGGACCAGGGAGCAGUCUAUUCCUUGCGAUCCGAAAUGGCCACAAAGCCGUCGUCGAAUAUCUUCUAAGGCAAGGCGUGUCUGUGGAUAUCAACCAUAUUCAGGCUGCCAUAGUGAACAAGGACAAGCGUGUACUUGAACUAUUCCUCGGAUAUGGAUGGGAUAUAAACAAACCGAUGGAAUGGGCGGUUCCGCCACCACUUGCGCUGGCUGUCGAGGAUGCAGACCUUGUCACUUGGUUCCUCUCGCAUGGAGCAAACCCAGAUGCCGGAUGUCAGUUGGACUUGACACCAUUGUCCUAUGCUGUACAAUAUGCGCCCCUCGACAUUAUCAAAACGCUAUUUGACCAUGGUGGUUCUGUUCGAACAGGGCAGCUACUUCAUUACGCUGUUCGUCGCGAUCAACCAGACAUCCUCGAAGUUCUAGCCUACCUCCUCCAUAAAGGUGCGUCUGUGAACGACGUGAUGUACCAGCAUCAUCCGGAUUCCUACCGGCUACAACAAGCAUUUGGACUUGGUACUCCUCUUCAUGAGGCAGCUCAGCUUGGAAAGCUUGAAGUCAUCCGGUUUCUCCUGGAGCAUGGCUCUGAUCCAAAUGUCGUGGACUCCCUCGGGCAGACGGUUCUUGAACGCGCUACAACAUAUGGUCAUGCAGAGGUAGCUGCCUUUCUGGACGACAACACGUCGACUACCCAACAGCCAACUCCGGACGGAUGAAGCCGUUCUACUCGAUCCCUUUCUGUUCGGUCAGGUAUCGUCAAGCUCCCUUUUCUGGUGGGUGAGAUAUUCAAACGCUCCUCCCGCUCAUCUUGCGUUCUAGGAAGACGAAGGCUCUGCUGGCCCUGCUCUUGGAUGCAUUGGCGCCUUGGGAACCAGACAAUGCAACUUUAGCAUAUCGGCAAGUGUUGAGAGAGGGUCGUUUCUCCGUUCAGAGGAGUCCAAACAUACCUACACACACUCUCCCUCUCAAUCUAUUAGUAUUUGGACAGGAAGGUAUAGUAACCUAGGAUUAUCCUAGGCCUUAGGUCGGCGCUACUACUACUGCCUGUGGCCUUGGACCAAUAUCUCAGUCGGUCAUCAGGAGAUGCACAGUCACAGCAGUACAAAUUUGAAUAACUAAUAUCUUGCUUGUACUUUUGGGAACCUACUAUUACUACCACGAGGUCAAAGUUGCGGACCGGUUCCUUAGGACCGCCUUGUGAGGGCUGCUGGGGCGAUCUCCACGUGCAGUCAGUCCCCAGAGCGUUCAUGUGCCUACCUUGGACAACUGAGCAGUAUGUACAACUGUAGUGUAUCCAUUCCCCUGCUGCCUGUCUCGCUCUGAGAUUAAGUUGAAAACAAAUACACUGGUUACCUGCAGUGGUAUAUAGCAUAUCCACGUUUUCACGUUGACGAAUCAAGAUUACCCAGCGAUUACGCCAUCGUCGUCUGUCGGACUGGGUGCUCAAAGAAGGAUAAGGUACCAACUACUGCACAGCAAGGGUAUAUAUUUUCUUCAAUCACACAUUUAUCCCUCGCAAUCGACCAUAGGAUCAUUUGAGAAAGCAGCACUUCCCGUCCGCUCAAUGGUACUUAAGCUCAAUACCGGCCAGCUAGUAGCAAUGUGGGUGACCAAUUGCGAAUCCUGGCUGUUGAUUGUUUUUGCUGUUUUCGCAAAUUCUGCUGUUUAUUUUUUGAACAGAGGGAGGACUACCUACCUAGGUACCUAGGUACUAUUCAGCAAGACUCUGUUCGAUAAUCAUUGAACUCCAAAAUGCAGUCUGUCUAGAAUAGAAUGUCGAGCUGAGGCACACUGGCACUUCUGGAUAACUGGCAGGAACGAACAUUUGUCAGGCACUUAACGACGGAGGCGUGCUUGAGGUAGAGAGGCCGGAAGGGACGGUUGACAGGAUAACAGUGAUCUCUGUAGACGGUAUGGGCCCGAAAUGUUUGCAUAUGUAUGGGGAAGUAGAUUUAGCAUAGAUGUAGAUAAAGGUACCUACGUUUAUACUAGAACGCGAGGUAAAGAGGCCGUCCGUACCCAGGUAUGGUGAAGACACACUAUGUACCGUA